AUGGAAAUAAAUCUUGGACAGUCGAGAAAAGGUAUCCUCACUUUAUUUAGCAUAAGGUUUAAACAGUUUAAGCAAUUCAACUAAAGACUAAGAGAAUAUUUUGGGAACAAUAUUCCUUAACUGCCAAAACAGACAUACACGAACUUUAUUGUAAGAAAAACGGAACAACAGAUAAUUCUAAGAAGAAAAGGACUAGAAGAUUAUUUAAAGCAAAUUUUAUAGAAUGAACAAAUUGUCGACUCGAUAAUUUUUAAAGAAUUUAUUUAAUCUCCAUCUUUUACAAUUUCAAAAUUAUAAUUAGAUUAUGUAGGAACAUUUGAAUUAGGUCUAAGGGAUUUCUACUUUUAUGAAGAUGCAAUAUUUUUUCUAUUAGCAGAAAUGAACCCACUAAGUAGAGCAACUAGAAAAUUUCACAAUAUGAAAUUCCCUUGGUAAGAAGUUAUAGCUACUUCUAAUCUGAAACCUUUGGGAUAUUUGGAUUGUUAUAUUGGGCCAUAGAUGAUUUGGAGAAAGAAAUAUAACUCAUAACCAAUUUGCAUGUGCGUUACUAUGAAGAAUAUUUUAGUAGGGUUGGAUAAUGGAAUAAUCAAUCAUCUUUAAUUCAAAUCUAAAAAGCAUAUGCUAUCAUCUUAGGACUAUCACUAACACAAUGGCAGGAUUAUGGGAUUGCAUAUUUAAGGAGACAAUAUAUAUUCUGUAAGUAAAGAUUAAAGAUAUAAAGUAAUGAGUAUAAAAAAAAGUUAAAUUUAUAUUGAUAUUCAUCAUAAGAAUGAAUUAACUUGUUUGAAAUAUGAUGAAGACAGAGAUUAUUCAUUUAUUGGUGACAGAGGUGGAAUCAUUUACACUUAUAAUUAAGAUACUUUAAUAUUUAGUUUGGAUACUAACUUAUAAUUUAUUAGGGAUCUUAUUAUUAAAAAAUCCAAAGAUACUAUCAUAGCUAUUGGAUUUUAAACAGGUUAAGCUAUUGUUCUUAAUAUUGUUGGUAAAGAAAUUUAGAAAUAGGAAGCAACUUAAUUCAAAAACAAAAUUAAAAGUAGAUGUAUUGCUUGGUCUCAUUUAAGAGAUGAAGCUUACAUAGGGAAUCAGGAAGGAUAUGUUACAGUUUGGGAUGUUAAAAGGAAAAUUCCAAUUUAUGAAAUAAAGCUUCAUAAUGGUCCUAUUACUAAAAUCUUAUGGAAUGAAGACGAAGAAAUUUUAUGCACAUCUAGUAAAGACAAAACUUUUAAAAUCACCUGUUUUAAUAAAAAUAAAAGAGAAACCCUAAUAUAAAAAUUCAGAUUAUCUAACGUUAACUUCAAAGGAAAUUCAUGA